AUGUCGACCCCUACAAUGAAUCACAAGAGUCAUAUGCAUCAACGGCAAGAGCAAAAACAACAACAACAACAACAACAACAACAGAUAAACGAGAUACAACAUACACAUUCGAACUCGCCCAAUUCACCCCAUGCGACUUUGGCACGUUCGGAUUCGACCUCAACAGUGAUUUUGGAGGAACAAGAGACUCCUAUAUGUCGUCGCAAUGGCCCACCAACUCUUUCACCUUCAAUGUUGAGGAGUCUCAGUAUUCGACUACGUUCUCUCCUCAAGACAAGUGGCCAAUUUAACAAAGAUCUUGAAUCAUCUGACAUGUUGAAUGAACUGUUUGCAGGUGGAAAUGAAAUUUCUUUAAGGCAAUUAUUAAGCGACUUUAGUGCCACUGAUACUUUUGAUGCAGAUGAAUUAAUGAAACUAGAUUCAACUAAAUUACUUGAGUCACGAACUCUCAGUGAAUUUUUACGAUCUGAAUCAUUUGAUAAAUUAAUGUCAUCAGCAACACAUAAUAUAGAUUUUUUAACAAAUCCACCUGCAGCUACUUGUUCAUCAUUGUCAUUUUCUGAACUCCGACCAGUAUCACCUGAAUUAAUAACCAACAAUGCAUAUCCUACAGAACCCGAUCAAUUAAGACUUGAAUCUAAUAAUGGAUUACUCUAUACUCAAAUGAGUUCAUUUGAUUCGUUAACAUCAAUGCCAGUUACGCCAAAAUAUGAUUGCAAUCAAGGUGCAUUGAAUGCUUUCGAACAUGACCAUGCUUUUCUGUCCAAACGAACACCAUCCAUUGAUAGUCCAAAAGUGACUAGUUCUAAACGAACACCUGUACGACGAUCUCGUCGGACAUCUUCACGCAUUCAAUCUCGUACAGUUCGUUCAACAUCGUCAGAAACUAGUUCAACACAAUCGAAACAUAGUUGUAAUGUUAAUCGUGCAACAGACAUUAAAACAGCUGAAGAUUUAUCCUACUAUUUGGAAAGACGUCGAAAAAAUAAUGAAGCAUCGAAAAUGUCUCGAGCUGCUCGAAAACAAAAGUUCGGUGAUAUGGAUGAUAAAUGUGAAGAAUAUGAACGUGUGAAUUCUGACCUUCGCAUGAAAAUCGCAACACUUGCUACAGUAACGGCAACACUAAAAAAUGGACUUGUAAACAAUUUUCAACGGAAAACUGGUGUCUAA